CUCACAUAAAGAUGUUUUCGUAGCCACUAUUUGGAAUUUUAAAUAUCUAAAAUUUGUUAGGGCCAAUCAAAUUUAAUGUGUCUCGGCGCUUGGAAUACGUGGCAACACAAACACCUUGAUUAAAUUACUUUUUUAUAUUACUUUCUUUUGUUUCAUUCGACACUAGUAAACGUGAUUAUUUAAUAUGGGUGCAGUUCUGGUGGGCAUGUCAAUUCUCAGUUUGACAGCAGCCCUUACUUGGCGAGGUGAACAUACAUCUUUAAUAAUCUCGAUUGUCAUGUCAAUUAUCGCUGGAUUAUGCACGUACUCAACUUUACCUAAAUUAAGAGACAGCUUUAUUAAAGCUAAUCUUUCUGGCCGAGAUCUACUAAAAGUGAGCAAGACAUUACUACCUGAAACUAUGGGCCUACCGACAGCUAUUAUAUACCUUAUCACCUUAUUCCUGUUCAUGCCGUUUCCGUUUAUCAACUGGUUUGAAGGUGCUCAUGUUGUGCAUGAGGACGAUCCCCAUUUCGGCACAUUUCCUUAUAAUAAGUUGGGCGAAAUAUUAUCUGCAAUGCUUGCUAUUCAAUCCAUGAUCCUUUUAGGUUUCGCAGAUGAUGUAUUGGACGUAAGAUGGAGAUAUAAAGUCUGGUUCCCAGCAAUUGCUGGUAUCCCCUUAAUGAUUUUCUACUAUACAAAUAAGGGAGCGACAUACGUCGUGAUGCCGAUCCAGUUGAGACCUUAUUUGGGCGAAUUAGUGGAUUUAGGACCAUUGUAUUAUGUGUAUAUGGGGAUGUUGAUUAUUUUCUGUACACAUAGUAUCAAUAUUUUAGCGGGUAUCAACGGUAUCGAAGCAGGACAGGCGCUUGUGAUUGGAUUAUCAGUUAUUGUAAAUGAUUUAUUGUAUGUGUUUAACAACCCGGAUAGACAUAGUGUCGAAGCACAUUUAUUCAGCUUGUAUUUUGUCCUUCCGUUUGUGGGAGUCACAUCUGCUUUAUUGUGGCAUAACUGGUUCCCAGCAACACUAUUUGUAGGAGACACAUUUUGCUAUUUUUCUGGCAUGACACUUGCAGUGGUUGGUAUUCUGGGACAUUUUUCCAAGACUCUGCUUUUAUUUUUCAUUCCUCAGAUCUUCAAUUUUGUUUAUUCCUGUCCUCAAUUAUUCCGUUUACUUGAAUGCCCACGCCACAGAAUGCCACGUCUAGACCCUGAUACUGGAUUAUUAAAGUGCUCAACUGUGCGACCAAACGAUAAGAAACCAAUGGGAAUAUUAGGAAAUAUCGCAUUAAAAAUAUUGCGUGGGUUGGGCCUUUUAAAGGUGUUUGAGUACGACAAGGAUGGCAAAAUCAUCGAGUGUAACAACUUGACGUUAUUGAACUUGGUUCUUGCGUAUUUUGGGCCCAUGUCUGAAAGAAAUACCACAAUUGCUAUAUUGGUAAUCCAAGUCAGUGCAAGCUUACUUGCUUUUUUUAUUCGCUAUAAACUUGUUCAUCUUGUAUAUUAAUAAUAAAAGGUUUCAUCUGUAAAAUAUAUCAUUUUAAUACGCUUGUUCGCGGUGGAGUGCCUAUGCAUAUU